GUCAAUAAAAUAAAUAAAACGUCUUGUUUUUUCAUGUCUCCGAUUGUAGCAAGGGAAAGUACACCCCAAAUUUAUGAAUAUAGAAGGUAAUUUAUUCAUCAAUGCGGCUGUCAGUUCCAGUUUUUUAUUGCUUCGUUUGAAAUUUGAAUCUCAAUAAGAUGGAAUGAGGUGGGGAUCAGGGACACAAUAAGUGACAGUAGCCUGAGUAGGCCUACGCAGUAGUUCAAGAUGAGUUAGAGUGGAUGUUAUAACCCUUUGACCAUGGGAACAGGAGGAUCAUUUCUCCGUUCCCAAGAUGACGACGACAUCUUGGGGAGUGACCUCGAUGGAAAUGGAGUCCUCAAGAGAAUUCCCAUCGAGAUGAAACCUCGAGGAAAACUCGGCCUGCGUAGCGUCGGUUCCGAACGCAGGAAACCAAAGGGUGGGAGUCUCAGGUCGGCCCUCUCGUUCGACUUGGAGAACCCAGAGGCCGAGCAGAUUAAAAAAGACUUCGACUUGUACCGGCUGGACAAAGAGCAGGAAAUCGCCAGCAUGCAGAAGAAGGAACAGAAGUUGGAGAUGGAGAACAAACGAAUGCGGGCCGAGCUCCUGGCCAUGCAGAACACGUGCAUGAAGCUGAGGAACGAGAAGGAGGCGUGUCUGAAUGUCGAGAAGCAGGCGAUGGCUAGGGCUGCGGCGUUUGAAAGUGACAGAGACAAAGUACAGCGUCAGUUCAAGAUAUUCCGUGAAAACAAAGAAUAUGAAAUACAGAAUCUGUUGAGGGCGAAGCGUGAGCUGGAGAACAAACUGUCGAAGAUCGCACACGGCUAUUUCCCAGAGGACAACGACACGGCUUCCAGAUCUGGGCUUGGUGACUCAUCAAUCGCUGGUACGUCUAACCCAGGCGACUGGUGGACAGCCCUGGAAAGUGAACCAUCACUCGGAAGUACCAUUCAGUUACACCAGCCGGCGUACCUACGAGGUCCGGAGUUCGCUCACAGCCUUCUUGAACUAGAGGGACCGUUCAUUAACGUAAACAAAGAGGAUUGGAGCACGGCACUAGCCAAUAUGACGAGGAGUCCCGCUACUCUUCCUAACCACACCAUCAGUCAGGUGGUUCGACUUUACGUGAUGGCUACACCCGACAUGAUGACAGAAGUAGACAUUUUAACAAAGGAGUAUUUGCCUGACUUGAAGAAACUGUGUGAGUCUAGAGGUCGGAGUUUCGUCAUUGUGUAUCUGCCAUAUGAUGACUCGCAGGUUCUCUCGCAGCAAGCCAUUGAAAGAGAGAAAAGGAUGAGGAAACAGCAGAUAGAAAUAGCCUCCUUUUUGGCCGUGUUUUUAGGAGAUACUCUUCACAGAUUUACAAGUUACGAGGUUAACUGUGGCCAUCUAGACUUGCCGGGUUCAAGACCCAUGAUCUGUUGCUUUACAGACAGUACAAACAAAAGACAUAAUCCUGAUGCUAAGGAACUGAAGUGUAAGCUGCGGGAGAACAACGUGGUGAAAAUCGUCUCGGAAUGCGGCAGUCCCAGUGAUAGAGCACAACGUGUUUUUACCGAGGUGGAAUCCAGACUCAAAAUGGAGCUUGGUAUUGAAACAAAGGAUAAGAAUCCUGGUGACGACCUUCAACUUGGAGACAGUCCUGAGCAGCUGUGUUGUGGUGCAUUGUGGGAUAUCCACUGUGACUAUGAACAGAUGGAGCGACUGAAUUACGCCAUUCAUUCAAGUUGUGAACUGGCUUUCGAGAGGUAUUAUGAGCGUCUGAAUGCCCACGUGUCUGCGGCCGGUCCGCUCCCGCCUGUCUUGGUGAACGGUUGUUCUGGGUCAGGAAGAUCUCUGUUACUGUCGAAAUGGAUUCACCUCCAACAGGAGAGAUGCCCUAGCACAUUGGUUCUGUAUCACUUUGUAGGGUCGGAGUCGUCCAUCAGUGCUGACCCAAUCGUCAUGAUUCGAAGACUCACCGCUCAGCUGAUGCAACAUGUGAGUUCUCCGCCGGCCUUGACCUGUGACUCUGUUCGUCUGCAGGAAGAGUUUCCAAGAUGGCUGGAGAAAGUGUCGGCGAAAACACCAGGUGGCUCCAUUCUCGUUCUUGACUCCAUUGACAGAAUGCCACAAGCUGAAGUCCAUCUGAAGUUUCUGUUGGACCCUUUACCUGUCGACUGUCGAGUCAUCGUGUCAUGUCACGACGACACCUGUCAAUCAUGGAGGUCGUGGCCCACCCUGAACCUGGAAGCUCUGAGUAACAAGAACGUGAAGGAAUUACUUCACGCCGAACUGGCCACACUGGACGCGACAAUCAGCCCCGACAACGAAUCAAAAAUACUCACUCACUGCCGCAACAGUGCCACCUGCUGUCCACUCUACGUCAUGGUGCUGUCUCAUUACGUAGCCAGUUUUUUCCAAGAUGAAGAUAAAAUUAGUCGAGACCUUGAUGAACUUCUGUCCUCGUCUGACGUAGAGGAAUUGUACACGACUAUCUUAGACUACCUCAAGGUGGAAUACGAAGAGACAGACAAUGCAGGAUUAUUCAAAACAAUUUUAAAGCUGCUCUGUGCCAGUCGGUGUGGUCUGCAGGAGAGUGAGUUAUUCGCCCUUGUUCCCGGGCUCACAUGGUCGACGCUGUGUCCUGUCAUUGAAGCCCUCUGCUCACACCUCAUCAUCAAGUAUAACUCGGGAGUACUCUCAUUUGCUCACUAUCAGGCUGAAAAGUCUGUGUUCGACUGGUGUUAUGGCAAAGAAGACACUCUGGAUCAGGAAAGGACGGAACUGAUUGCGCACUUUUCUCAAUUUUUGAGGCCGGACUCUGUGACAUACCGUGUGACCGAUGAGUUACCAUGGUUACUAAAAGAGAUGGAGGACAAAGAAACUCUUCAUUCUUGUAUUCUCAAUCCAUGCAUCUUUCAGCAGCUCUAUGCCAAAGGUAGAAGCUGGGAGUUGCUGGGUUAUUGGCAGUUCUUUGGAGCUGACAAAACAACCAUGGCGCAGACGUACUUUAAAGCAACCAAGAAAAUGGAGGAAGCUGUUGGUCAGUUUGACGGUCUGGUCACGUUACCCAAAAUAGCCGACCUGUAUGAGACUCUGGGACGAUUUCUCAAAGACAUGGGACUGUUGAAGCAGGCUCUACCAGCGUUACAGAGAGCUCUGGAGGUGAGAGAGACGGCACUGGACCCAGACCACCCUGUCGUGGCGAGAUCGCUACACCAACUGGCGGGGCUCCACGCGCAGUGGGGGAAGUUCGCCACCGCCGAGGCGUAUUACAGGCAGGCACUCGACAUCUAUGAGAACGCGUACGGCAGCGAUCACGUAUUGGUUGCCAAGGAGCUGGAUGCGCUUGCACUGCUGUACCAGAAACAAGACAAACAUGACUUAGCAGAACCUCUAAGGAAAAGAGUUGUAUCCAUUAAGAAGAAAAGCAAACCAUUGCGAUUGCAGUCUGGACAGCCUCGUGGAGUUGACCCCCUUCAAAGAAGAACUCUCCAUCUCGAGGAGUUAGCAAUUGGUCCCGACUCCCCAGAUCUCGCUAGAACACUGAAUGAACUGGGCGUGCUCAACUAUCUUCAGAACAACUUCGAUACUGCCGAGUCUUUCUUCAAGCGUUCUCUUGAGAUGAGGGAGGUAACUCUUGGUCCUGACCACCCAGACCUCGCCCAGUCGCUCAACAACCUGGCUGCGCUGUACAAUGACCGCAAACAGUUUGAUAAGGCUGAGCCGCUGUAUGAACGCGCACUGGAGAUACGACUCAAGUUCCUAGCACCAGACAGUCCGGGGUGUGCUGGGAUUAUUAAGAAUCUUGCUAUGCUGUACAAGAAACAGGGUAAAUUUGACAAAGCAGAGCCGCUGUACAAACAGGCUGUAGAGAUUCGAGAGAAGUCGUUUGGUCUGUUCCAUCCAUCUGUCGCCACCGCACUCGUCAAUCUGGCCGUGCUGUACUCGCAACAGAACAGAUUCGCCGAGGCAGAGCCUCUGUAUGAACAAGCACUGAAGAUAUACGAGGAAAAUUUCGGUCCACAUCACUCAACCAUCGCAGAGACGCUGAGAAACCUGGCAGUGAUGAAAUACGAAAUGAAAGACUAUGAGACUGCAGCCAAGUUGUACAAGAGAUCGACGGAGAUUAAGGAGAGCGAGGUGCACUACACUGGGAAGGUUAUUUCUAGUCGCAGUUCCAGCGGGGACACCAACUCAACCAUCAAGAAUAUUCUACAGACUUGAACACGCUAAGUGCAUUAAUGUCACAGACAAUCAACCACCACCGGAGAUUCAAACUAGUGACCUUCUGUAUAAUUCAUCCAUCAAGAAUAUUCUACAGACUUGAACACGCUAAGUGCAUUAAUGUCACAGACAAUCAACCACCACUGGAGAUUCAAACUAGUGACCUUCUGUAUAAUUCAUCCAUCAAGAAUAUUCUACAGACUUGAACACGCUAAGUGCAUUAAUGUCACAGACAAUCAACCACCACCGGAGAUUCGAACCAGUGACCUUCUGUGUAAUUCAACCAUUAAGAAUAUUCUACAGACCUGACACGAAGUGCAUUAAUCUCACAGAAAUUCAGCCUCCACUGAAGAGAUUUGAACCAGUGACUUUCUGUGUAAUUCAGCCAUUAAGAAUAUUCUACAGACCUGACACGAAGUGCAUUAAUCUCACAGACAUUCAGCCUCCACUGAAGAGAUUUGAACCAGUGACUUUCUGUGUAAUUCAGCCAUUAAGAAUAUUCUACAGACCUUACAACAUGAAGUGCAUUAAUGUUGCAGAUAAUCAAUCUCCACUGAGGAGAUUUGAACCAGUGACCUCCUGUGUAACAUAACCAUCAAGAAUAUUCUACAGACUUGGCCUGGUGCUUAUAAUAGUCUGAGACGUGAACGUCAUGGCAACGCCAUACAAACUGUAUGCAUGUAACGUCAUUACAGAUUAAGUCUGGACUCAAGUUUUAUAAGCACGGGCCCUGAACCCAUGAAGUGCAUUAAUGUCAGACAAUCAACCUCCACUGCGGAGAUUCGAACCAGUGAAUUUCUGUGUAAGUGUCCAGUGCUCGACCAACUGACCUAGUAGAAAAUGUUUAACUAGCUUCUACCAGUAGGCAGUUUUCACCACGAGUAAAAUCAACGCAAGCUGAAGAUCACUCUCCUAAAAUAGUGUUAAGGCAGGCAGUCACACAAAGUUUUAAAGGCAUACUGUCACGGAUAUAAGGACCUUAUUUCUCUAAAAAAAUUGAUAAUAAAUAUAAAUUACAUUAAUUGUUGGAAACCAAAUCUAUCUACCACAUCACCUUA